CCAAGCACCGUUAGGGUGAAGGAGCACUUCAAGGUCAAAUACGUCCUGCUCAACAACUUGCAGGACUUCCUGGCUGUCCGGCUCGUCUGGACUCCAGACGGUCGCGGUCAGGGUGAGGAUGCAGCUCUGGCCGCCGUCGUCUGUCACACUCCUCUCAGUAACCUCGGUCACUGUCGCAAAGGAAGCACUCUGUCGUUCAGCGUUGCCUUCCAGAUCCUCAAACCAGGACUCUACGAGCUGAGUCAACACAUGAAGCUGAAGCUCCAGUUCACAGCGUCAGUCUCAAACCCUCCGCCUGACGCUCGGCCGCUGUCACGUAAAAACAGCCCGUCCAGCCCGGCGGUUCGAGACCUACUGGACCGACACCAGGCCAGUCUGGGUCGAUCUCAGUCCUUCUCCCACCAGCAGCCGUCUCGAUCGCACAUCAUGAGGACGGGCAGCGCCAUGGAGCGCCGGGCCAUCACGCCGCCCGUCGGCUGGCCGGUCGGCCGGCCGCUCUACCUGCCUAUUUGGAAGGAGACUUAA